CGUAGCGGUCGGUCGGUCGCUGCUGGUUGCGCGAAGUGGCGUCUCAACGAGCAGGAAUUUGGGGAGUGGAAAUUCCGCUGUUACUUUCACGGCUCGCGUCGUGUUCCUGACAUUUUUUCCGCUGUGUCGGCCAAGUGAGUCGCUGCGAACAGAGAGAGAGAGAGAGACGCGGAGAAAGAGCUUGAAAUAAGGAGCAAAGAUCUGUUGAGCAGCGCUCUGAUGUUCUCCGCGGUUGCUUUCCAUUGAGUACCGGCUAACUAGUGAUUCCUCUUUUAAUUUUCCACUUGGAAGUACUGCUGUCGCUGCUGUUUGGUGUCAGAAGUGAGAGGUUUGAUGAAGAAUCGAGGGCGCACAGCUGCCACUUUUGGCGAACGGAUUUUUCCUUUUUGAUUCUUCGUCUUUUUUCCUCUUCAUUUGGAUUAUUUUUUUUCCAGGAGAGAUGGCAAGUUGUUCCCUGACAGACGCAGGGAUCUGGUGCUGAAGCUCGCAGGAUGCUGGAGACCCUACAACAACCAGAUUUCUUACUUUGAGACAAUUCUCGGUUAUUUCUUCUCAUUCGGACGUAAACCCACCUGGACGUUUUUUUUCCCGUCACCUCUGUGGGUCUUUAUUUUCUUUUUUCUUUUACACUGUCUGUGUUGUACAAUCUAACAAGGAUGCGUAGUGGAUUGCUAUUGUUCCUCUUCACCCAAGUCGUCUUGGUUGCUUCGUUGACUCAGACUGAUAAAUGCGGGGGGAAUAUAGAGAUAGACAUCGCGGACUACCUGACCUCCCCGGGCUAUCCCGGUGCCUACCCGCCCUCCCAGCAGUGCGUGUGGGUGAUAACCGCCCCCGAGCCGGGUCAGAAGAUCCUCAUCAACUUCAAUCCGCAUUUUGAUCUGGAGGACAGAGACUGCAAGUACGACUAUGUGGAGGUUUACAACGGCGGGGACGAACUUUCGCCCAUGUUGGGAAAGUUUUGCGGGAAGAUCGCACCGUCCCCGAUCAUCUCCAGCGGCGGCCAGCUCCUCAUCAAGUUCGUCUCCGACUACGAGACCCACGGGGCGGGCUUCUCUGUUCGCUAUGAGGUCUUCAAGACAGGUCCAGAAUGUUCCAGAAACUUCACGGCUCCCCGGGGCAUCAUCAAGACGCCGGGCUUCCCCGAGAAGUACCCCAACAACCUGGACUGCACAUUCAUGAUCUUCGCCCCCAAGAUGUCGGAGAUCGUGGUGGAGUUCGACAGCUUCGACAUGGAGCCCGACACCACGCCACCGCCAGGCGCCCUCUGCCGAUACGACUGGCUGGAGAUCUGGGACGGCUUCCCUGCAGUGGGUCCUCACAUUGGCAGAUACUGUGGCCAGACUUCCCCGGGCCGAGUGAUCUCCUACACCGGCAUCCUGUCCAUGACCAUCACCACUGACAACGCCAUCGCCAGAGAGGGAUUCUCUGCCAACUACACCAUCCGUGAGAGGAGCCUCCCCCCGGGACACGAAGAUGAGGAUUUUGCUUGUAUGGAGCCACUGGGCAUGGAGUCAGGGGAAAUUUCUUCAGAGCAGAUCAGCGCCUCCUCCCAGUACAACUCCAACUGGUCCCCUGAACGCUCUCGCCUCAACUACCAGGAGAACGGCUGGACGCCCUCAGAUGACACCGUCAGGGAGUGGAUACAGGUGGACCUGGGAUUUCUCAGAUUCGUCACAGCCAUCGGGACUCAGGGAGCGAUCUCAAAAGAGACCAAGAAGCACUACUUUGUCCGCUCAUACAAGCUGGACCUGAGCUCAAACGGAGAGGACUGGGUCACUGUGAAAGAGGGCUCAAAGCAGAAGAUCUUUCAGGGGAACCACAACGCGAUGGACGAGGCUCGCGCCUUUCUUCCCAAACAGACUCUGGCCCGCUACAUCCGCAUCCGCCCCAUGUCCUGGGAGCAAGGCAUCUGCAUGCGCUUCGAGGUCUACGGCUGCAGAACAUCAGACUACCCAUGCUCGGGGAUGUUGGGGAUGGUGUCAGGUCAGAUCUCAGACGCUCAGAUCAGCGCCUCGUCUUACGCCGACCGGGGCUGGGUGGCUGAGAACGCCCGCUUGUUGACGGGGAGGUCGGGCUGGACCGGGCAGCAAACCAAGCAGCCCUUCAGAAAUGAAUGGCUACAGGUGGAUCUGGGCCAGGAGAAGAUGGUGAGCGGUGUGGUGAUCCAGGGAGGGAAACACCGCGACAGGAACGUCUUCAUGAAGAGGUUUAAAGUGGGCCACAGUCUGGACGGAGAAGAGUGGACCAUCGUCAAGGAGGACAACACCACCAGGCCAAAGAUAUUCAUUGGGAACCAAAACCACGACACCCCAGAGCUGAGGUCCAUGGGACCACUACUCACCCGCUUUGUCAGGAUCUACCCGGAGAGAGCCACCACCGAGGGCCUGGGCCUCCGACUGGAGCUGCUGGGCUGUGAGCUGGACGACAUUACAACUACAGCCCCUCCCACCACGCCCAUGGCCUCUACACUUCCCAUGACCACGUUUGGUGCAACCACCACAGCACCGAUCACUGUACCGGGCACAACACUGGCUACUGACUGCGAGGAAGGACAACAGGACUGUGGCGGCGAGACUGAGGCGCCUGACGACUACGACCAAGCGACAGCAGGAGGCACCACAGCGGCUGACCCCACCAUAGACAUACCAGCGUACGUAUGGUUCGCCUGCAACUUUGAGUUCUUGUCGUUCUGCGGCUGGACCAGAGAGACCGGUACAGGGGCCGAGUGGCUCAUCCAGACCAUCGAGGCACCUGCCAUCCACAGAGGGCCGACCCACGACCACAGAGGCAGACCAGGCAACUUCAUCUACAUGCAGCUGACUGACACAGAGAUGCCCAGUAAAAUGGGCGAAGGCGAGGACAACAAGGAAAAGAAGGCAAGGUUGGCCAGCCUGCCCAUCACGGCGCCGGACGCCGACCUGUGCAUGUCCUUCUGGUAUCACAUGUUCGGUGAACACACGGGAUCGCUUCACAUCAACCAGAGGAAGGAGGCAGAGGAAGGCCAGACGCUGUGGAUGGUCAGCAGUCGCCAGGGCAACCGCUGGAGAGAGGGACGAGUUUUACUGCCACAUUCAAGUGUCUCAUAUCAGGUGGUGGUGGAAGGUGUUGCAGACAGACGCAGUACAGGUCACAUAGCUGUGGACAACAUCCAGAUCAUGGAUGGGCUCAGUGCAGAGGAGUGCAAGGAUCCAGAAGUUCCUACGUCUCCGCCGACUGAGAUCUUCAUCCUACCGAUGGACUCCCUCUCACAGGAGACCAGUGAGCUCGGAGGCCCGGGCAACAUGCUGAAGACCCUGGACCCCAUCCUCAUCACCAUCAUCGCCAUGUCUGCGCUGGGCGUGUUCCUGGGCGCCAUCUGCGGCGUCGUCCUGUACUGCGCCUGCUCGCAGGGCAGCAUGACGGACAGGAACUUAUCAGCCCUGGAAAACUAUAACUUUGAGCUGGUGGACGGCGUGAAGCUAAAGAAGGACAAGAUGAACGGACAGACUAACUAUUCAGAGGCGUGAGGAGGAAACGGGAGACGGAGCGGAGACCGCUCCGCGUGGACACAUGAUGCAGCCAAUCAAGCGGGAGGAACACGGGAUGGGGGCUGAAGCCACCAAUGGGACGGCAGGGUGGGCUGAAAGUGAGCCGAUGUAAUUUUAUUUCUCAGGAGCGGCGGUGGAAGGGACUGACCUGUAGGGGGCACUGUGUAUAAAGAAUCUGUACAGCAAAAAAAAAGAAGAAAACUAAGGAUUCUAUUUGUUUUUUGGCGUGCUUUGUUAAUUUCAUGUAAUCACAUGCUGGUGUUGAGACCAAUUCAGAUGAACGUAUCGUUUGUGUACUUUUAUGGAAAGAUAAGAUUUGAUUUUUUUUUUGUUUGUUAUUGUUGUCUUUUUUUUUGCAGAUGUCAUAGUUUCACAGAACGAGCAGAGUAUGUGAAAUUUGCGAUUCUGAUAUCUGGGUCUUUAGCUAGCCAUGUGUUCCUGUGUGUGUGUGUGUGUGUGUGUGUGUGUAUGUGUGUGUGUGUGUGUGUGUGUGUGUGUAUGUGUAUGUGUGUACGUACAUACAUGUGUCACAUUCAUAUACAUCUGCAUUUAAGGUGUGUAUGUGUCAUCCAGUCUGGCUGUAGGUGUGUGUGCAUUACACUUAUGUUUACUGUAUCUGUAUACAUGAAGUGCAAGCAUACUUCUGUGUGUGUGUGUGUGUGUGUGUGUGUGUGUGUGUGUGUGCAGCGGGUACCAUCCAGGCCCGUUGAACCUGCGUCUAGUUCCAACAGUGCCUUUUUUUUCCUCCAGUUUUUCCGUUGCCUUGUUUUCUGCUGGUUGUUUUCUCAUCGGCUGGCGUUCCGUCCAGGGUUCCUACACAAACACGCGGAAAAACAUUGUGAUCAUACAAUUACACAUUUUUUUUUAGCAUUGUCAUGUACUGUCAACUAACACAUGUUGGUGUAGACCUGUAGAUCUUUCUUGCCUUGAUGACGGUCGUACUGACACAGACUAAAAAUGUUAAAACCCAAGUUAACUUUUAGGUUUUGGAAAACUUAAGAAAAGCUCUGGAAUUUUGGAAAAUGAAAAAUGUGUAGGAGCCCUGAAUGCCUCGUUUUCAUGGCACAUGACACAUCCAACAUAUUGUACAUAGGUUUUAAUAUAUUUGAGCGCUUUUUUUUUAUAUAGAAAAAGACACAAGUGCCGCAGUAUCCUUUCUGUGUUGGAAUCAAACUCCCACCUAAUCUUCAAAAUUCUGAAAAUGUACAAAAAAUGUUGAUUUUAACAGACAGAGACACAAACCUGUUGUUUGUGUUUCUUUCACAAAUGUGAUCUAGUUGUCAUUUUGUGAGUUUUGUUGUUGUGUUCUGGGAACAGGAGGGUUUUUGCAAUGACGAAAACAGAUUUGGAAUUCUUGAGAAAUGCCUCAUGGGAAGGGACGCUUUGUGCACAGGGUAAAACAGACAGCCUCAGUACCACUAAGAUGCUGACAGCAUGUCGAAGACGGAUCAUCAGGACUGAAAUAUUCUCACUGGCACACAAAAUGACUGUUAAACCUUGAACCUAAAGUGCGUCCAGCAGUCCUGAGAGACACCAGAAAGAAAGACUGAAAGUGUCUCUCCUCGGGUCCGUCAGCAUCUUCUGCUGAGCGGACAGGAUGUGGAAGCUUCUGAAAACUCAUCAAGAUUUAAUGUUUGCCAUGACAAUGCUGUUCUCUGUCAGUGUAUCUUCAGUGUCGACUAUCAGAGGAGAAAUGUAUGAAUGAUCUUUGAUGGAAAGAUCGAAUUAGGUUUAUCAACCCUAACAGGUGACUAAUGAGUCACCAGGUGAGCAGGUGACUCAUUGCACCAACAGUGAUCAUGCUUCAUAAGCCUAUUUCAGCUACAGUGGUUGGAAAUGACACACAGAACUAGUCACAUUUUACAUCCAUGAUGAGUUCACUACCAGACUACCCAACAGACAUGCCCAGUAAACUAAUUCAUUAAUUUUUGUUUCUUUUGACAGUUUAAAACAUGUGAAAAUUGGAUUUUAAAAAUGUCACUUGCAGUUAAAGCACUAUGUUUUUUUUUUUUUGUAGGAUUCUGUUUCAUAAUCUGAAUCUUAUUUAACUUCAAUCCACAUUUUACUCACCACUCUCUACAUCCACCAUUUUCUUAACUGUCAAGUUUUCAAAAGGGUUUCCUCACUGUGAACUACUGUGAUCAGUGUCCUCUUACUGCAGAAAUUACAACAGCUUCUGAGUCUGUGAGGGGCACAAAAAUCCUGGAUGAAAAUCAGGUUAAACUCAAUUCUGGGUAUAUUUUUUAGUAAACAUUGGUUAAAAGCUCAAAUCAAUAAGCCUUGUGCUAAUAAUACUGCUUUGCUGUGUUUUAGCUUUUGCAGCUAAAUGUGUUGUGAUGCUGGUCGCUUGCUCAUAGCACCGUUCAGGUGGGAGGAUUGAGUCUUGAGUCUCACACCUCACUGGUGUCAAUGAACAACUCUGUUCACUCUGCAGUCAUUUACAUCACAGAUUGUACUUGUAAAGAUUUAAAAAAAAAAAAAAAA